AUGCGAUCUUCCGUCAUUGUUAUUGCCGCCGCCUUGCUGGCGCCCGUCGCGGCGGUCUCGUCGUAUGCGGAGAGCUUGCCGAAAAAUGCGCAAUCCCUCUUCACUGAAGCGAUGGGCUGGAUGGACAAUUACUACGACAAAAACGCGGGAUACCUAUACGACUUUUCGAAUGCGGCGGCCUUGCGAUAUGAAACGCGUAGCUCUGCUUGGUAUGCCUUUGGUCUUCUUGCCCGCAACGCAAACGACGAUGUGCUCGAGGCGGAAAAGGUCAUUACAAACAUCAUCAAGGGCCAAUACAAGGACCCAAAGGAUGAGUGGUACGGCGAUUAUCAACAGCAGCCCGGGGAACCUAUGGUAGGGAGCGGGCACUAUCCCGCUACCAUAUACGGCAGCUGGGAUCCCAACUGGAGGGGCUUUGUGGGCACAACAUUCAUCAUGUGUCUCGAAGAAUUCUCCGACUUGAUCAGUAAUCCUACCAAGGAUUUGAUGCUCGCUUCUCUUCGGAACGCCACCAAGGGGGAUGAGUACAGAUUUGGAAAUCUUGAUCCAAAGCGGGAUAACCUGUACCCCGCCUACAGCAACCCGUCAAUCAUGCGAGCCUUCAUGUCUGGCUGGACCGGCCGGAAGUUGAACGAGGAGAACAUGACGCGAAGCGGUGAAAUGUAUGCAAAGGAAAUCAUCGACCUCUUCAACAGGGCCGAUACCCUCUCGGAAUUCAACAGCGGAACUUACACGGGCGUUUCUAUUUACGGACUUUUGCUGUGGUCCAAGUACAUUCACGCCGAGAACUCAACCAUGGCCAUCAACGGACCCCGAAUGCUGAAAAGUAUUUGGGGGGCCGUCUCCCAGUUGUACCAGCCCAACUUUAGGACCGGAGCUGGUCCGUGGGACCGUGCUUAUGGCUAUGACGAGAACCGUUAUCUUUCGCUCAUGUCGCUCUGGAUCUGGACUCUGGUUGGAAAGGAGUCGAGCUCUCUGGCUGGCAAACCCGCAGCUGUCAUGUCACAUUCGGCCGACUUUGCCUGGGCGCCCCUGUUUGCAGCCCUGGCCGAGACAAACGAAAAGUUCAUCAGUGAAGACGUCAGGAAGAGCUUGACAAGCUUUAUUGGGGAGCACACCUUUACUGCCUCGGCAUUUUCGCCUCCUUUUGACCUAGUCCCCCGAAACAUUACGACUUGGAUGUCAGACAAGGUGACCAUCGGUGCCGAAUCAUUUGACGAGAUCGUUGUUGGAGGACCUGCACGGUCUCGAGAGGCGUUCAACCCGGCAGUGAUCCAGUGGGAUUCCGGAGACGAGAUCUCAUUCAUCACGCUCUGGCCCACCGAGUUCGCCCUGGAUGUCGAAGUCAGUGCCGGAAGGCUAAGCCUGUCAUAUCCCCGCGGCGGCGCUGCCUCGCAGUUCAGCUUGCUGGUCGGUACGCACAAGCGCAGACCCAACAUCAACGGCUGGGAAGACCUCAUCGGGCUGAAGGUCAAUGUUUCGGGCACUGUCAAUACGACACAUACUCUCCAGUUUGCAGGCGCCUAUGGCGGCCCUCUUUCGACAGUACGGGACUUUGAGUUUUGGAACUUUACUUACUACAUGCCGUCUGAAGGGGCUCAGGUUAUUCCCAACAUUGUGCUGGAUGUGGCAGCCGUUUGA